AUGGAUCUCUCAGAGAAAGGACGCGCCGCCCCUCAAUACGAGGUCCGCGAUGCCAUCAACGACAAGGAGUACCGCGAGUCGGAUCUCAUCGAGGCCGCUAUCGCUACCGGCGAGGAGGAGACCAAGCUCAGCCUUCGCGUCCUCUUCCGCACCCACGGCAAGGCUGCCAUGUGGUCAAUGUUGCUGAGUCUUGCGCUGGUCAUGGAGGGCAUGGAUGUCGGACUAGUCAACAACUUCUUUGGCCAGCAAGCCUACGUUGACCGGUUCGGUUUCUGGGACGCGGCGACACAGAAGAAGUACAUCCCCGCCGACUGGCAAGCCGCCAUCAACAACGGUCAGCAGAUCGGCGCCAUCGCUGGUCUGCUCCUCAACGGCUGGGCGCAGUCCAAAUUUGGGUCUAGGAAGAUGUACAUGUUGGCCAUGGCCAUGCUGGCUGCCUGCAUCUUCGUCCUCGUCUUUGCGCAAAACCUCCCCAUGCUCAUGAUCGGAAACAUGCUCUGUGGUGUCCCAUGGGGUGUCUUCCAGACCCUCACCACUGCCUACGCUGCCGAGAUCUGUCCCGUCGCUAUGCGCGGAUACCUCACGUCCUGGGUCUCCAUGUGCUGGGGAACCGGCUCUUUCCUCGCCGCUCUCGUCCUCCGCGCCUGCCUCGGCCUCCCCGGUGACUGGGCAUGGAAGGUUCCCUACAUGCUCCAGUGGCUCUGGCCCGUCCCCCUCUUCUUUGUCGGCUACUUUGCACCUGAGAGCCCGUGGUGGCUGGUCCGGAUGGAGCGCUACGAAGACGCCGAGAUCGCCCUCACUCGCCUCGCCGCCAAGGACCACUACACUCCGCUCAUGAUGCAACAGCAACUCGCCCUCAUGAAGCACACAAACGAGCGCCAGAAGGUCGACGCCCAAUCCGUCUCGUACAUGGACUGCUUCCGAGGCGUCAACCUCCGCCGGACAGAGAUCGCUUGCAUCGUCUUCGCCAUCCAGGUGUGGUCCGGUCAGGGUAUCUGCGCGUACGCUACCGUCUUCCUCCGGAACGCUGGGAUGGCCGAGACCAUGGCUUUCAACUACUCGAUGGCCAUCCAGUCUACCAACAUCUUCGCAACUGGUAUCGCCAUCUUCCUGAUCGGACGGUACGGACGCCGCUUCUUCUACCUUUAUGGUCUCUCCUCCAUCACUAUCUGGCAGCUCGUCAUCGGUAUCGUCGGCGUCAUCCCCAACCUCGGCAGCUCUACGUCAAUUGCUGUCGCUGCCAUGAUGAUCCUCAUCAACCUGUCUUUCAAGCUCUCACUUGGCCCCGCUUGCUACACCAUCAUUUCCGAGAUCCCCAACACCCGUAUUCGUGCCCACACCAUCGUGCUCGCUCGGUCCACAUACAUUAUCUCGAAUGUCAUCUGCGGUCAGCUCAUCCCUCGUAUGCUCAACGCCGCAACGGCUGCCGCUCCCGGUAACUGGGGCUGGGGUGCCAAGUGCGGUUGGUUCUGGGUCGCCACCUGUAUCCUCUCCCUCACCUACACCUUCUUCCGCAUCCCCGAGACCCGCAACCGAACCUUCCUCGAACUCGACUACAUGUUCCACCAGCGUGUCCCGGCGAGGCAGUUCAGGCGGUACGAGGUCGACAUGUCUGCUCUGGCUGGCGCGAACGACGAGCGCCGCCCUUCCGCUACAGAGUUGGUGGAUGAGAAGAAGGUCGAUGUGGAGCAGCUCGAAGUGGCGCCUGCUCUGGCCAAGUAG